CCCGCCGAGCCAUGAUCGCCUCCCACCUCCUCGCGUACUUCUUCACCGAGCUCAACCAUGACCAGGCGCAGAAGAUUGACAAAUACCUGUACCACAUGAGGCUCUCCGAGGAGACCCUCCAGGAGGUGUGUGAGCGCUUUGGGAAGGAGAUGGAGAAGGGGCUGGGGGCAGACACCAACCCCACUGCCUCCGUCAAGAUGCUGCCAACCUUCGUGAGGUCCACCCCGGAUGGGACAGAGGAUGGGGACUUCCUGGCACUGGACCUGGGUGGCACCAACUUCCGUGUGCUGAGGGUGAAAGUCUCGGACAAUGGCCUGCAGAAGGUGGAGAUGGAGAACCAGAUCUAUGCCAUCCCUGAGGAGCUCAUGCGAGGCAGUGGGGUGCAGCUCUUUGACCAUAUUGCUGAGUGCUUGGCCAACUUCCUGGAUAAGCUGAAUAUCAAAGACAAGAAACUGCCCCUUGGGUUCACCUUCUCCUUCCCAUGUCACCAGACCAAGCUGGAUGAGAGCAUCCUGGUGACGUGGACCAAGGGGUUCAAGUGCAGCAGUGUGGAGGGCAAAGAUGUGGUGUCCCUGCUGCGCAAGUCCAUCAAGAAGAGAGGGGACUUUGACAUUGACAUUGUUGCUGUGGUGAACGACACCGUUGGAACCAUGAUGACCUGUGGCUAUGAUGAUCACAACUGUGAAGUUGGCCUCAUUGUUGGGACUGGCACCAAUGCCUGCUACAUGGAGGAGAUGAGGCACAUCGACCUGGUGGAGGGGGACGAGGGUCGGAUGUGCAUCAACAUGGAGUGGGGAGCGUUCGGCGACGACGGAGUCCUCAACGACAUCCGGACCGAGUUCGACCGCGAGAUCGACAUGGGCUCGCUCAACCCUGGCAAGCAACUGUUUGAGAAGAUGAUCAGCGGGAUGUACAUGGGUGAGCUGGUCAGGCUCAUCCUGGUGAAGAUGGCCAAGGAAGGGCUCCUGUUUGGAGGAAGGCUCACCCCAGAUCUGCUCACUACUGGCCACUUUGAGACCAGAUUCGUCUCUGCUAUUGAGAAGGAGAAGGAAGGGCUGCAGAAAGCCCACGAGAUCCUCAGCAAGCUGGGGCUGGAGCCGUCCCACGAGGACUGCGUGGCCACACACCGCAUCUGCCAGAUCGUCUCCACCCGCUCGGCGAAUCUCUGCGGGGCCACCCUGGCGGCCGUGCUGCGCCGCAUCAAGGACAACAAAGGGGUGGAGAGGCUGCGCUCCACCGUGGGCGUGGACGGCUCCGUCUACAAGAAGCACCCCCACUUUGCCAGGCGCCUCCACAAGACGGUGCGGAAGCUGCUGCCGGACUGUGAGAUUCGCUUCAUCAGGUCAGAGGAUGGCAGUGGCAAAGGGGCAGCCAUGGUGACAGCUGUGGCCUACAGGCUGGAUGCCCAGCACAAGGCACGGCAGAAGAUUUUGGAGCCCCUCAAGCUGAGCCAUGAGCAGCUCCUGGAGGUGAAGGGAAGGAUGAGGAUGGAGAUGGAGAAGGGGCUGGGCAAGGAGACGCACGAGGAGGCCACAGUGAAAAUGUUGCCAACCUACGUCUGCUCCACUCCAGAUGGCACAGAGAAAGGAGACUUCCUGGCCCUGGACCUGGGGGGUACCAACUUCCGUGUGCUGCUGGUGCGCGUCCGGAACGGGAUGAGGCGCGGCGUGGAGAUGCACAACAAGAUCUACUCCAUCCCAGUGGAUAUCAUGCAGGGCACAGGAGAGGAGCUCUUUGACCACAUUGUGCACUGCAUCUCUGACUUCCUGGAGUACAUGGGCAUGAAGGGCGUCUCCCUGCCGCUUGGCUUCACCUUCUCCUUCCCUUGCCAGCAGAACAACCUGGAUGAGGGGAUCCUCCUGAAGUGGACAAAAGGCUUCAAGGCCACAGGCUGUGAAGGGGAGGAUGUGGUGAACCUGCUGAAAGAGGCCAUCCACAGGAGAGAGGAAUUCGACCUGGACGUAGUGGCCGUGGUGAAUGACACAGUUGGCACCAUGAUGACCUGUGGGUAUGAAGAUCCACUCUGUGAAGUUGGGCUGAUCAUUGGCACAGGCAGCAAUGCCUGCUACAUGGAGGAGAUGAGGAACGUGGAGCUGGUGGAAGGGGACGAGGGCAGGAUGUGUGUCAACAUGGAGUGGGGAGCCUUCGGGGACAGUGGCUGCCUGGAUGACGUCCGGACAGAGUUCGACCUGGCAGUGGAUGAACUGUCACUCAACCCUGGGAAGCAAAGGUUUGAGAAGAUGAUCAGUGGGAUGUACUUGGGGGAGAUUGUCCGGAACAUCCUGAUGGACUUCACCAAGCGAGGGCUGCUCUUCCGGGGCCGCAUCUCCGAGAGGCUGAAGACCAGAGGCAUCUUUGAGACCAAGUUCCUGUCCCAGAUAGAGAGCGACUGCCUGGCCCUGCUGCAGGUGCGCUCCAUCCUGCAGCACCUGGGGCUGGAGAGCACCUGUGACGACAGCAUCAUCGUGAAGGAGGUCUGCACGGUGGUGGCACGGAGGGCAGCGCAGCUCUGCGGGGCUGGCAUGGCUGCCGUGGUGGACAAGAUCCGGGACAACCGCGGCCUGGACUUCCUCAAGGUCACCGUGGGCGUGGAUGGGACCCUCUACAAGCUGCACCCUCACUUCUCCACCGUCAUGCAGGAGACAGUGAAGCAGCUGUCGCCGAGGUGCGAGGUGACCUUCCUGCAGUCGGAGGACGGCAGCGGCAAGGGCGCGGCGCUGAUCACGGCGGUCGCCUGCCGCAUCCGCGAGGCCGGGCAGCGGUAG